AUGGAAAUCAAGGUUGAAGAUGAGGAAUUCCAGAUUCCUAAUGGCCAGAAAGUCCCUCUCCUGCAAGACAUGGCCAUGCCCCGAGCGGAAGAGAAGACUCUGAUACAGAAGGCCAUUAGCCAGACAUUCCAGAGCACAGCUCAUUUAGCCAAUCUUUUGCCCACUGGAACUGUUCUUGCUUUCCAGAUUCUGUCACCCAUUUUUUCAAACCAAGGGGACUGUGAUCCUGUCAGCCGAUUCAUGACUGCAGCUCUCGUAGCCCUUUGUGGGGUGUCGUGUUUUCUAGCGUGCUUCACUGACAGCAUCAGGGACAAGGACAGAAAUGUUUGUUAUGGGUUGGCCACAUUCCGGGGCUUGUGGGUUAUUGAUGGAUCAGCUACCAUCACACCUGAACUUGCUGCAAAAUAUCAGUUGAGGUUUAUCGAUUUCAUGCAUGCCUUCAUGUCAAUACUAGUCUUUGCGGCCAUUACACUGUUUGAUGAGAAUGUGGUGCAGUGCUUCUACCCAACACCAUCAGAUGAAACCAAGGAGCUCCUCGCAGCACUCCCAGUUGGGAUUGGAGUCAUCUGCAGUAUGUUGUUUGUUGUGUUCCCCACCCAGCGCCAUGGAAUUGGCUUCCCCCUCUCUGCGAACUAACAUUUCCUCUUUGUUUUCCUCAUUUAUUCAUAUUUCAAUCUUCUCACAGUCGUAUGCUCUAUUUAUUCUAACUAUUUCCUUUGCGUACUCUUAGGAAAAUUUGACUGACAGUAAAGCCUCUUUGACGCAGCUGUAGUUUCCAGAAGUUCUCUGUAAAAAUCUGCACACAGAAGAUUGUUAUUCAUAAAAUAUGUAUGUAUAAAAAAAUUAUAUUAGAAAUCUGAUUGUGUAACUACUUUUCUGAAGGCAUGUUGCCCACCUAUGCAAAACAGAAAGUUCUUCGG